GGUCCUGCCAGUUGUAGGCGCAGUUUCAAGCAGCCUGCAAAACACAAAUCGAUUGUUUAUUUCAUGUUUGUUUACAUCCUAACGGAUAAAUGGCUUCCACUUUGAUUUCCCCCAUGGUGGAUUAUUACAACGACGAAGAGGAGCUGGAUAGCGUGGAUGAGGACGAUGACCGGAGUUUUAGAGGAAGAGACUCGGAGGAAGACACUGAAGAUGCAAGUGAGACAGAUCUUGCCAAACAUGAUGAGGAGGACUAUGUUGAAAUUAAGGAACAAAUGUAUCAGGAUAAACUGGCCUCAUUAAAAAGACAGCUGCAGCAACUACAAGAAGGCACCCUGCAGGAAUAUCAGAAGAGGAUGAAGAAGCUGGACCAGCAAUACAAAGAGAGGCUCCGAAAUGCCGAUUUGUUUCUUCACCUUGAGACGGAGCAGGUGGAGAGGAACUACAUAAAAGAGAAGAAGGCAGCAGUGAAGGAGUUUGAUGAUAAAAAGGUCGAACUGAAGGAAAACCUAAUCGCAGAGCUGGAGGAAAAGAAAAAGAUGAUUGAAAAUGAGAAGUUAACAAUGGAGCUAACGGGUGACUCCAUGGAGGUAAAGCCCAUCAUGACCAGGAAACUGAGGAGACGGCCCAAUGACCCAGUCCCAAUACCAGACAAGCGAAGAAAACCAGCACCAGCGCAGCUUAAUUAUUUAUUAACAGACGAGCAGAUAAUGGAAGACCUAAGAACACUAAAUAAGCUAAAGUCGCCAAAACGACCAGUGUCUCCUUCAUCUCCUGAGCACGUCCCCUCUGCUCCCAUGGAGAACUCCUCGCAGAGGUACGAGGCCCGCAUUGAAGAGGGGAAACUUUACUACGAUAAAAGAUGGUACCAUAAGAGUCAAGCCAUUUACCUGGAAUCAAAGGAUAACACAAAGAUUAGCUGUGUCAUCAGCUCAGUCGGGACCAACGAGAUUUGGGUGAGGAAGACGAGCGACAGUACAAAGAUGAGGAUCUACCUAGGACAGCUGCAGAGAGGAACAUUUGUCAUCCGCCGACGAUCUGCUGCGUGAAGCGUUCCUCUGCGCCCAACCCAACCCCAUCUGUUCAUUUAUCUGUCCAGCCGUUUAACCAACAACUCACUCACUCAUCCAUCGUCUCCCUCAGUUCUUCACGUUCAGUUUUACCAUGUGGCCUUUUGUUCUCUAAUGUUUUCAUUUACACUACCCCUUGGUUCUUAAUAAAAGAUGAAGGCAGGGUUUCAGCUCUAUUUAUUUGCCAGCAUCAUUCGUAUGCAAGUGGACUUCCUGUUCUCCUGUAUGUUUUUGCCACAAGUCUGGGAUUGUUGCUGCUCUGCAUGCAAAUAUGACUUCUUUACAGUUGAAAUGCAUUGUCUGAAAUCGGAUCUUGUUUGCAAACUGAAUCUGUUGGAUUUAGUUUAAAAAUAUAAGUUGUUAAAAACGUAAAGAACUACUUGUUUGGAAUGACUGAACCUCUAAAUUCAGCUUUUUCAGUAAUUGGAACUUAUGGAGAGAAAACUCUUCUGUACAGAUAACUUCAGUAUAAAUGACAUGUUACAUCAUCAUGUAUAUUAGAACUAUCAUCUUUUUUUUGUUGUUGUACAUUUUGUUUGUUUUAGUUUGUCAUUUGAUGCCACCUUUUCUGUAUGUACCAGUGGAAUGGCUCCGCUCUGUUGGCAUGCGUUUUGUUUGUUUAACUUUUUCAUUUUA